AUGUCAAUGACGGAUUUAAAUGAUGAUCCAUUUCAAAUGGAUGAAGAUUUUGAUUCUUCAUCUAAUAAAAAAUUAAUUUAUACAUCAUCAAAUUCGAUACCUCCGUCUCAAAAUGAUAUUCAUUAUAUGCGGUCCAACAUUGAACAAUUAAAAUUAGAAAAUAAUAACACUACGACAAAUACAACAGAAGAAGAAGAAAAAUUUGAAGAAGAUUUAGAUGAUAAAUUAGAUUUAAAUUUACAAAAUAAAAUACAAUUAGAGUAUGAAAAACAACAAUUAGAUAAUUUACCAUUAACACCUCCUGAAAAUUUUGCUUUGGUAGUUGGUAAAAUUUAUCGAAGUUCAUUUCCACAACCUUCAAAUUUUUCAUUUCUUAAUAAAUUGAAUUUAAAUUCAAUUUUAUGUUUAAUCCCUGAAGAUUAUCCAAUUUUACAAAAUGAGUUUUUACAAGAUAAUAAUAUUAAAUUAUUUCAAUUAGGAAUGUCUGGUAAUAAGGAACCAUUUGUUAAAAUUUCAAGUGAAUUAAUUACAGAAGCCGCGAAAAUUGUAUUAAAUCCUAAAAAUCAGCCAAUUUUAAUUCAUUGUAAUAGAGGAAAACAUAGAACUGGUUGUCUAAUUGGUGUAAUUAGAAGAUUACAAAAUUGGUCAUUAACUAUAAUAUUUGAUGAGUAUAGAAAAUUUGCAUCACCAAAAGAAAGACCAAUGGAUCAACAAUUUAUAGAAUUAUAUGAUGAUGCUGAAAUUAAAAAACAUUGUCAUGAAAAUAAUUUAUUACCUUUAAAAUGGGAUUAA